UUACGGACUGUGCUUGACUGAAACAGGCUCGUCUUAUUUUGCCGAGUGCUUCCUAUUUUUGCUUUCUGUUUUGAAGCUGUUGCGUGCAUAAGUACAUUUGUUGAGUAAAUAACCUACUCGAACGCAUAGAUAUUUUCCUAAAGUUGUUUGACUGCAAGACUCGCGGGUUUUCCUCUGAACGCAUCCUCUCCACUCAAAUAAUGGAUUUGGUCUGGAGCCUGUGCUUCGUUGGGACUCUCGGCGCUUGGUUUGCUUCUGCAGAAAGGCACAGCAUAUAUUGGAAUAGCACAAACAGCAAGUUCCUAAGGGACAGCUAUGCGGUGGAGGUGCGUCUGAACGACUACCUGGACAUCGUGUGCCCCCACUACCCGCUGGGCGAGGUGGCAUCGCAGGAUGCCGAGCGCUACGUGCUCUACAUGGUGGAGCGGGAGGACUACGACGCUUGCAAGCCUCAGUCCUACGACCAGAUGCGCUGGGAGUGCGGCCACCCCUUCGCCCCCCACGCCGCCGAGAAGUUCUCCGAGAAGUUCCAGCGUUUCACCCCCUUCACCCUGGGCAAGGAGUUCCGUCAGGGAGAGAGCUACUACUAUAUCUCCAAACCUCUGCACCACCACGGACAGGAGUGCCUCAGGCUCAGGGUAGACGUCGUAGCUACUGAUGGUUCUCAAGAGGCCAGGGUUGCAACUGGAGGAGCUGCAGCUGUACCUGGAGCUGGGGGUGGAGCACACAACCCCUCCAACAGACUGCCUGCAGAUGACCCAGUGGUAAUCCUGCCAGAGGUCCAGAAAAGUGUGCGGACAAAUUCGUCGGUGUCAAAGGCGUCCUUCUCCAUCCUGUCAUUGAUUGUCCCCGUCUUAUUAUUACUGUUGUUACAGUGAGACUACAAAUCUCAUAGACUUGAAGUUGGUCUGUGGGGAACCACAGACACAAAAGACAGUUCUCAAAGCCCAAGUGCUGGUCACUGGGAGAGGGACAUUUUUAAUCUCGUAAGUACGGAUGGACACAUGCACUAAGUGUGCUGAGUGAGAAUUUGGUUGGAGUUUUGUGGGAAGGCACUGAGCUUUCUCAAGAUGCCAGUAUUUCCUGGAGAGAUUUUGUUCUCUUUAAUGUUAGUGCUUUUGCUCUUCUCCUCAAAAAAAAAAAACAUAAUUCAUUUUGGAAAAGUGCGUAAGAAAUUUUUGAAGAGGAACAUAAAUGGACGAAGAACAAUCACUGAAGACAAAAGCUAAAGGACUUUCUUAUAUGGACAACUAUUUUGGAUUUGAUAUGAAUUUGUGUUAGGGGAAAAAAACUGCAUUUAGUGAAACAUCAUCUCUAAGCUUUUGAGCCAAAGAAUACAGUGAUCAUCUCUUCAGUGUGUAACUAUUCUAUUCCAACCUUGACUAUUGUGUUCUGUUUGUGGUAUUGUUAUUGUACUGUAAUUGAGUGGCACUAAAUGUCCAAGUGGUUCUUAAUGUAGCAUCGACAAAAGCAGGGGACGGGUUAGCUAACUAUUAAUGUUCCUGUGCAGACUCGACCAUGUGCUUUCACAGCACUAACCAUACAGCACAACAACAGACAGACUGACUGACAUCACAAUACAGAUCCAUGACAUAGUAGACACUACGUGAAAAGGUAUUGUGUACAUUCUGUGAAAAAUCAUUUGUAAAAGUUUGCAGUUGAAAGACAUACCGUAUGUUUAACAAAUGCUAUGCUGACUGUUGGUAAGUGAGCUCUCUCUGAGGGGGGAAGAGUUAGAAUGAGUGUUUCAGUGAGAGAGAACGUGUGCGAGGGAGAGCUAGAGGUCAAACAAAAAUGUUAAAACUGCCAAAAGCAAACACGGAUACAGUACAUUGUAUGUUGCAGUGUAAGGCAGACCUUCUGUAUAUCAGAUCAUGCACCCGUACCGUUUAAACUGACAAACAAAAUAACCCAGACUGAACUAUGCUCAUCACAGUGCUUGCCAGAGCAGUGUUGCACUGUUCUCUACCUCUGACACUAAAAAGUCAACCAAGUAAAAAUGUUUUUAUUCAAAAACAGUUGUAAUUUGGUUGGUAAUACACUAGAUGUACAAAAGUAUGUGGAUUUGGCUAUUUCAGCCACACCAGUUGCUGAGAGGUUUAUAAAAUCGGGCACACAGUCAUGCAAUCUCUAUAGACAAACAUUGGCCCUAGAAUGGCCUUACUGAAGAGCUCAGUGACUUUCAACGUGGCACCGUCAUAGAAUGCCACCUUCCCAACAAGUCUGUUUGUCAAAUUUCUGCCCUGCUAGAGCUGCCACGGUCAUAAAUGCUGUUAUUGGGAAGUGGAAACAUCUAGGAGCGACAACAGCUCAGCUGCGAAGUGGUAGUGGCAAGCUCACAGAACAGAACCGCUGUUGCAACACUCACUACCGGGUUCCAAACUGCCUCUAGAAGCAACGUCGGCACAAUAACUGUUCGUCGGGAGCUUCAUGAAAUGGGGUUUCCACGGCUGAGCAGCCGCACACAAGCCUAAGACCACCAUGUGCAAUGCCAAACGUUGGCUAGAGUGGUGUAAAGCUCUCCACAAUUGGAGCGGUGGAAAUGCUUUCUCUGGAGUGAUGACUCACACAUCACCAUCUGGGUUUGGCGGAUGCCAGGAGAAUGCUACCUGCCCCGAUGCAUAGUGCCCUGACCUCAACCCCAUCAAACACCUUUGGAUGAAUUGGAACGAUGACUGCGAGCCCGGCCUAAUCACCCAACAUCAGUGCCCGACCUCACUAGUGCUCUUGUGGCUGAAUGGAAGCAAAUCCAGGGCAGCAAUCUUCACACAUCUAGUGAAAAGCCUUCCAAGAAUAGUAGAGUUUGUUAUAGCAGCAAAGGGGGGGGACCAACUCCAUAUUAAUGCCCAUGAUUUUGGAAUGAGAUGUUUGACGAGCAGGUAUCCACAUACUUUUGGUCAUGUAGUGUAAUUUACAAUUUGGUUGUAUUAUAAUGUAAUUUGCCAGUCAGGGUUAUACUGCUAGGGUAAGAUUAUAGGCCUACACACCCAGUCAGGCACACAGAACUCACUGAAACCACAAGACACAGUAUCAAUCACAGCUGCCAAGCCCAACUUCACGGGUGGUUUGAACAACAGACAACAUUAUAUGGCUAACAUUGAGUCAAUCCUUUUUGUUACCUUAUUUUGUAUAUGUGUAAGUAAAGUGUAUUAUAUGUGUAUAUAUAUAGAAGAUUAUAUAAAGACCCCAUUUGAUAAUUAUGAUAAAUGUGAACUUCUCAUGUGAAAUAAAAUAUAUUUUUGUGAAAACAAGAACAA